AUGGAGAACAACAACAAUCUGCUGAAACCUCUUCUUCAUGAGCUGACGUGUCUGGUGUGUCAGAGCUCUUACUGUGAAACUCACCUGGAGCCUCAUUUGAGAGUGGCAGGUUUGAAGAAACACAAACUGAUGGAUCCUGUGAGUAAUCUGGAGGACUAUAUAUGUCAGAAACAUGAGAGACCUCUGGAUCUGUUCUGUAGAGAUGAUCAGACAUGUGUGUGUUCGAUCUGCUCUGUGACCGACCACAAGAACCACAACACUGUUCCUAUAGAAGAGGAGAGCGAAGAGAAGAAGACUGAACUGAUGAAGACACAGAAAGACGUGCAGCUGAUGAUCCAGAACACAAUCAAGAAGAUUCAAGACAUCAAACACUCAGCAGAAGUCAGAAAAGGAUUUUAUACUGAACUGCUGGAGAUGAUGGAGGAGCAGCAGAAAGCAGCAGAGAAACAGGAGCAAGAGCUGAUUGAAGAGCAGGAGAUCACUGAGCUAAAGAUGAGAAACACUGAGCUGGAGCAGCUCUCACACACUGAAGAUCACCUCCACCUCCUACAGAUUCACUCAUCCCUGUGCAGCCCUAGAAACAGCAGGAACUGGCCUGAGAUCAGUAUGAAGACUCAUGAGAGUCUGGAGACUCUGAGGAGAGCUCUGACUCAACUGAAGGACACUAUAGAUGAGAAACUCACACUAACUGAGCUGAAGGUGAUGCAGCAGUAUGCAGUGGAUGUGACUCUGGAUCCUGAUACAGCUCAACCUAAUCUCAUUCUGUCUGAUGAUGGAAAACAAGUGAGAUGUGGAGACAUUAGACAGAAACUCCCAGACAAACCAGAGAGAUUUGAUACAUGUCCCUGUGUCUUGGGAAAGGAGGGAUUCUCGUCAGGGAGAUUUUAUUUUGAGGUGCAGGUGAAGGGAAAGACUGAAUGGGAUUUAGGAGUGGCCAGAGAAUCCAUUAACAGGAAGGGAGCGAUCACACUGAGACCCAGUGAUGGAUACUGGACUGUGGCUCUGAUGAAUGGAGAUGAAUAUGAAGCCUGUGAUGGUCCUUCUGUCUCUCUGUCUCUGAGAGUGAAGCCGCAGCGGGUCGGUGUGUUUGUGGAUUAUGAGGAGGGUCUGGUCUGCUUUUAUGAUGUGGAGUCCAGCUCUCAUAUCUACUCUUUCACUGCUCAGUCUUUCACUGAAAAACUCUAUCCAUAUUCUAGCCCAUGCUUUAAUGAUGGAGGUAAAAACUCCAGCCCACUGAUCAUCACACCUGUCAAUGAUAAUAAAUGAAUUUGCACUACUAAUAUGAAAUACAAGAU